GCUUCCGCCCGGUGCCAAGAUGGCGGCGCCCUUUGUCUGGGCCGUGUCACGGGCGGUGAUCUGAGGCCGCCGGCGGGCCGGCAUGGCAGGCACGGAGCUGAGCGAGGGGGCUUUGAUACAUCUUCGUGUGUCACAGCACCAAUAGAAAAGGGUUUCUUUUUGCUGCUCCUCUCCAAGGGGUAAUUGCAAUCAAGGCUGCAGAGCACGGCAGAAGACCGUUGUGAGCUCAUUGCUACGACCCACUGCAGACAGGAGGAGGCUCCCUCGUCGCGCUGCACGCCCAUCCUGUGCUUAGCAGCUGAAGGAACGCGUUUGUGGCUUGCAGCAGCUGCCCCAGCUGAACUGGCCUGCCCAGCCCUGACCGACCAUGGAUUUCCCUCAGCACAGCAGGCAGGUUUUGGAACAGCUGAACCAGCUGCGGCAGCUGGGCUUGCUGUGCGACUGCACCUUCGUGGUGGAUGGCAUCAACUUCAAGGCCCACAAAGCCGUGCUGGCAGCAUGCAGUGAGUAUUUCAGGAUGCUCUUUGUGGACCAGAAGGAGGAUGUGGUGCACCUUGACAUCAGCAACGUGGCAGGGUUGGGGCAGGUUUUGGAGUUCAUGUACACGGCCAAGCUGAGCCUGAACCCUGACAAUGUGGAAGAUGUGCUGGCUGUGGCAGGGUUCCUCCAGAUGCAGGAGAUUGUCAACGCUUGCAAUGCACUCAAAUCCCUCACAGUGCUGGCAGAAAGCCCUGUAGAGAGCCGGGAGCUCCUCACUGAGCUUGGGGUUGAGAAGGUGAUUGUUGAGGGCAAAACAGUGGCAGCAGUAACGCAAGGUGAUUCUGACAAACCAAAACAAGUUCCUCCCAGCCAAGAGGGGAAGGAAGAGGCGCCUGUGGCCGCAGCAACACAGCCCAAGGAGCCAGCAGAGCAACUGGAUGCCAAAGAGGGCCCUGCAGAAGGUCAGCAGCCAGGAGGUGUGGACAGUGCUGCCAAAGUCGGCCCUGCUGCCACAUCCCCCAGCCGCCUGCAGCCAGCAGAGAGCGAGGUGGGCAACAGGAGCCCCAGGGAGAAGAGCAGCAAUGCUCCAAGCACUGAGGCAAGAGAGAUGGAGCUGGAAGGGAAGGAGAAAGAGGGGGAGGCGAUGGCGGAGGAUGAAGAGGAGGCUAAAAUCCCCAAGGCAGCACAACCCAAAUUAGAAAGCAGAGAAAAUGCUGAGGAUAACGAAUCAGGGAGCACUGACUCUGGACAGGAGAACUCAGGCGAAACGCGGCUGCUGCGUUCGGGUACUUACAGCGACAGGACCGAGUCGAAAGCCUACGGCUCCGUCACACACAAGUGUGAGGACUGCGGAAAGGAGUUCACCCACACUGGGAACUUCAAGCGGCACAUCCGCAUCCACACCGGCGAGAAACCCUUCUCCUGCAGGGAGUGCAAUAAAGCCUUCUCAGACCCAGCUGCGUGCAAAGCCCACGAGAAGACGCACAGCCCGCUGAAGCCCUAUGGCUGUGAGGAGUGUGGGAAGAGCUACCGCCUCAUCAGCCUGCUGAACCUGCACAAGAAGCGGCACACAGGGGAGGCCAAGUAUCGCUGUGACGACUGCGGAAAGCUCUUCACCACCUCGGGCAACCUCAAGCGGCACCAACUGGUGCACAGUGGGGAAAAGCCUUACCAGUGUGACUACUGCGGGCGCUCCUUCUCUGACCCCACCUCCAAAAUGCGGCACCUGGAGACCCACGACACCGACAAGGAGCACAAGUGUCCCCACUGCGACAAGAAAUUCAACCAAGUGGGGAACUUGAAAGCUCACUUGAAGAUUCACAUUGCGGAUGGGCCCCUGAAGUGUCGGGAGUGCGGCAAGCAGUUCACCACCUCAGGCAACCUGAAGCGGCACCUCCGGAUCCACAGCGGGGAGAAGCCCUACGUCUGUGUGCACUGCCAGCGACAGUUUGCUGACCCUGGGGCACUGCAGCGGCACGUCCGCAUCCACACGGGAGAGAAGCCGUGCCAGUGCCUCAUCUGUGGGAAGGCGUUCACCCAAGCCAGCUCCCUCAUCGCCCACGUGCGGCAGCACACGGGGGAGAAACCCUAUGUCUGUGAGCGCUGUGGCAAGAGGUUCGUGCAGUCAAGCCAGCUGGCCAACCACAUCCGGCACCACGACAACAUCCGACCUCACAAGUGCACUGUCUGCAACAAAGCCUUCGUCAAUGUGGGCGACCUCUCCAAACACAUCAUCAUCCACACGGGGGAGAAGCCGUUCCUCUGUGACAAAUGCGGCCGUGGCUUCAACCGGGUGGACAACCUGCGCUCCCACGUCAAGACGGUGCACCAGGGCAAGGCGGGCAUGAAGAUCCUGGAGCCAGAAGAUGGCAGUGAGCUCAACAUUGUCACGGUGGCCUCAGACGACAUGGUGACGCUGGCCACCGAGGCGCUGGCUGCCACCGCUGUCACACAGCUCACGGUGGUCCCCGUGGCGGCCGCUGUGACGGCAGAUGAGACCGAAGCACUUAAAGCAGAGAUCACCAAAGCGGUGAAACAAGUGCAGGAAGCAGACCCCAACACUCAGAUCCUUUAUGCCUGCGAUUCCUGCGGGGAGAAAUUCCUGGAUGCCACCAGCCUGGCGCAGCACGUCCGCAUCCACACGGCCCAGGCGCUCGUCAUGUUCCAGGCCGACACGGACUUUUACCAGCAGUACGGGGCCGCUGCUGCCACCUGGCAGACCGAGCAGGUCAUCCCAGCCACCGAGCUGCUCUUCCGUGCCCGCGACAGCCCCCAGGAGGCCCCCACCGCCCCCCCUGGCCCCUGUGCCCCUCGCUGGGGAGGGCCAGGCACCUGCUGAGUGACCCACCCGCAUCCCCUCGCCUUUAUUUAAAAUCAGCUGCUUGGAAAUGGUGUAAAAAGUGUAUUUCUGGAAGGAGAGAAAGAGAAGGAAUAAAUUGCAAUAUUUUCUAAAGCAUGUCCUGGAGCCCACUGCCUCAGACAGGUGCUGCAGGGGUAGGGAGGGAGGACCUCAGGGCUGGAGGUACUGAAAUACGUGCUAAGAGGUGCAGCUGGACGCUCCCCCCUGCUCAGGGCUGGGGCUGUGCACAGGGACCCUGAGGCCCCUUCCCACCUCUUCCUGCUGCUCAGGGGUGGGGGGGCCAGCAGGGUAGGGCGUGGGGUAAUACAGACAGAUGCAUGGAGCAACCCCUGUCCCUACAGCCCCAUCCAUGGGGAUGAUGAGGUUGGGGCCGAGAGGUUUACUCUGCCCAGAGGCAGGAUGGGGAUGGGGGCCGGCACUCCCGAUCCACACCUCUGCAGCAGGGAUGAUGAUGCUGAGUGCCCAGGAGCACCGUGCGUGCCGCCAUACACCUGCAGGCUGCUGGGAGGAAACAGCAAAACCACUCCACGUGGCUGUGGGUUUGAAGGACUCAGCACAGCAGCUUCCAAACCAACAGAGGCACGACGGUGUUGGGCUGACAACAGCGAGCGUGCUGCAUCCGGUGCAGAAGCGCUCGGGGCACGGAGGAUUUGUUCUCAUCAAA